AGUCAUCAAUUCGAGUGACUCACUCAUGCUUGGAUUCCCAGACUUUCCUUUCAGCCUUUGCCUUUUGAAGCCAUCUGCUGGAGUUGAAUUACUGCCCGUCUGCCGAAGCCAUUCACUCAAUUCGCAUCCUCUCGAAUUCACACGUCUUGCUUCACCUGCGGAUCUAAAGCUAGAACCAUUCUGCACCGAAAGUAAGCAUCUUAGGCACAAGGAAAAGACGAAGAUAAGGAAAUUACUCUACAGUCUGCACUUAUGAUACUUACGAAGUUUUCCACUUCUUGUGCAUUUCGUAGUGAUUGUAUUGAAAUUUGAGUUGUUAGGAAAUAAAUGUAUUAAUUUUAAACAUAUAGAACUUUGUUCAUCGUAUUUAGACUUCAUUUGAUUAUGUUUAAAGAAUAAAAUUUUUCAUAUUUU